AUGCAGAAACUGGGUGAUUUCAAGCUUCCUCAGUUCUUCAGCUAUCCUCCAUACUUCACCUUGCAGCCUGUGAGGGACACUCGUGAGAAGCAAAUACAACUGUGGAAAGAGCUUAUUUUGGAUUACUGCAAGACGCAAAAGAUCUUCUUGAUUAACGUUGAAGAAGAUUUUCCUCUCUUCUCAAACUCUGCCAUUGAUAGAUCUCUAAGCCAUGAAGCAAGGGAAACUUUCCUCUCAGCCAUUGUUGGAGAAGGGCGUGCGGAGUGGUUAGAUAAAGGGCAUAGGAAAUGUCUGAUUCUGUGGCACCGGAUUCAAGACUGGGCAGACAUUAUUCUUCAGUUUGUGAGAGAGAAUGGAUUAGAGGACAGUGUAAUGACUGUUGAAGAAAUACGUUCAGGGACAGAGUCACAUGGAACAGAACUUCAAGGGAUCGACAGGACGAUUCUAAUGAGGGCUUUGAAGCUGCUAGAGAACAAGGGAAAGCUUGCAUUGUUUAAAGGAACAUCAGCAGAUGAUGAAGGCGUCAAGUUCUCUGUCUAA